AUGGCUACUGGAAAACAAGUUAUCACACAAGAAAACGGUACUGCGGAUAACCAAAAUAAUCACCAAAAGACUCAAGAAAAGGAAAGACCUCCCGUCGUGUCUAGAUCACAAAGAGCUGGUUUACAAUUUCCAGUUGGUCGUAUCCAUAGAUAUCUAAAAAAACGAACUCUGAAUAAUGCACGUGUUGGAGCUAAAGCAGCUGUUUAUUCAGCCGCUAUUCUAGAAUAUCUUACAGCAGAAGUUCUCGAGUUAGCAGGAAAUGCUUCUAAAGAUUUAAAAGUCAAACGCAUUACGCCACGCCAUCUACAAUUAGCUAUCCGUGGUGAUGAAGAACUAGACACGCUAAUUCGAGCUACAAUUGCUGGUGGUGGUGUUUUACCACACAUUCACAAAACACUUCUUAACAAAACGAAUCAGAAAUCAAAGAAGACUGCAUAA